AGUCGAAACCAUUUGAAGUAAAAAAAAUCGCUCAGAAAGGAGAAAAAAUCCAUCUUUAAAAGAAAAAAACAUCAGAAAUUACUAUUAAACUUUCACAUAGUAUUUUUUGCGAAGCGCUGCAGUUCCGGACAACAGUUGGUUAACGUCAUAGAAGAAAUCAGCCGACAAAAUGUUCUGAUAAUUGUUCUCCAAAAAAGAAAAACUAAAUUAAAAUCAAAGUAGACAAUUAAAAAAUAAGUAAGCUCACUUUUGUCAAGUGACGUGCUCUGCUUGCUGCACCAACGAAGUCGAACGCACUGCUAAACACAGUGAUAAACACGGACACACACAUCCAUCGGAAAAUAAGCAACAAAAACACUUACCCAACUCAUACAGCCUCAAAGGCAUUCAUAAAUUCCUAUAUAUAAUAAUGUCCCGACAAAGACCUAACCUUCGUAUGACCAUACAAAAAGAACCGGAGCCGGAAUUAGUUCCCCCACGUAACUUGGAUUCAAGCACUACGAUACAGAUUGCUGAUCGGACCUUCGAAAUUGACGCUGACAGUUUGGAAAAAAUAUGUGAUUUAGGACGAGGAGCCUAUGGUAUAGUAGAAAAAAUGAGGCACGAGCAGACCGGCACCGUUAUGGCUGUAAAACGAAUCACCGCUACGGUAAAUCGUAAGGAACAAAAGAGACUAAUGGAUUUGGAUAUUUCAAUGCGCUCCAGCGAUUGCCCAUACACAGUCCAUUUCUACGGGGCUCUCUUUCGCGAAGGUGAUGUGUGGAUUUGCAUGGAGGUGAUGGACACUAGUUUGGACAAAUUCUAUCCCAAAGUUUUUAAAAAUAAUCUAAUAAUGGAAGAAAGCGUUUUAGGAAAGAUUGCAAUGUCCGUAGUAAAUGCGCUUCACUACUUGCACGCUCAACUUAGAGUUAUUCAUAGAGACGUAAAACCAUCUAAUAUUCUCAUAAAUCGCAAUGGUGAAGUUAAAAUGUGUGAUUUUGGUAUAUCAGGUUACCUCGUCGAUUCCGUUGCUAAGACGAUUGAUGCUGGCUGCAAACCAUACAUGGCACCAGAACGCAUUGAUCCCACUGGCAAUCCAGCCCAGUAUGAUAUACGCUCCGACGUCUGGUCUUUUGGCAUAAGUAUGAUUGAAAUGGCAACUGGCAAAUUCCCCUACAACACAUGGAAGACGCCAUUUGAACAAUUAAGACAGGUCGUCAAAGAUGAACCACCACGUUUGGACCCAGGCAAAUUUUCCGCCGAGUUCGAGGAUUUCAUAACAAAGUGUUUGCAAAAAAGUUACACAGCACGUCCAAACUAUGAACAAUUACUGCAGCAUCCGUUUAUUUCGGAACACAUACAACGUAAUACGGACAUUUCGAAGUUCGUUGCUGAAAUAUUAGACAUAACAGAGUGAUUGUUUGGGACUGUUAAAAGGAAAGAAAUCAAUCAUCUAUUAAAAAGCAAAGAACUAGUUUUUAAGCUGUUGCCAUUUUCAUUUCGAAAAAACAAUACAUAAAUAUGUAUGUAGUUUACACAAAAACAUCAUCCACAUAGGCUUCCACGCGAACAUGUAAAUUUGUGUGCAAAUAGUGUUUGUAAGAAAACUACAAAGACGAAGAUGUAUCAUGUGCACAUAGACCCAUCCAUCGUCAGCUGUAUUGUAAAGUAAACUUAGUACAUACUAGUUAUCCUUCAGAAGAGCCAUUUUAUUGGACAUUUUAUGAUAUAAACUAUUAUUGUGCUUGGUCCGUUCUACAAGGUCAGCUUCGAUGGGGAAAUAAAGAAGAAGCAUGGUGUAUUUAAUUAUCAAUUAAUUAGUUUAUUAAACGAUUUUUUGUUGUUGUUUUUCAUCCAAAUUAAUGUUUAAAUUUGUAAAGUAAAAUAAUGUGUAUAAGAACACUACAUUAUUGAAAUGAAAUAUAAUUUUGAUACAUUGUAUUUUUAUGAAUGUUUUUCGAAAGUGAAAGAAGAAGUAAAUUUGCUGACUAACGUAUACAAUUAUACAAGUACAUAGUUUAAAACAAACAAUGGAUGCUACAAUUACAAGUCAAUUAUGUUAAAUUACUAUUGUAAAAAGAAGCAACAUCCUAACGGAAUAUAUAGCGAUUGUAAGUGAGCGAAGAAAAUAUUUGUAAUCAUAAUGUAACGAAAUAAUAUACUGUUUGAGUGCUUUAACGUUCUAAACACACACACACACACAAAAUAAAUUAUAAUCAAAAUACUA